ACUCCUAGCACUGCGCCCCUCAAGAUCUGAUAACGAGUUAUCUGAUCCUUUGGUUUGCACCCUGUCGAAGCUUCGGGUCCAUGGGUUGCCCCACCAGAACGGAGCGAGCACGAAGGAGGCCUAGCGUAGGACUCGGGCGCUUUAUCGAUAUCGGCUCAGAUUAUUUUCGCUGGGGCGCGUUCGAGACUUGGGGAUCGUGAAUUUCGGUCCAACACCACCACCAAAGUCACGAUAUGUCAGAAGCAGUAGCAACAGAGGCGCCUGCCGCGCCGGCCACGGCUGCCGUAAAGGGACUGAAGAAGAAUGGCAAGCAAUGGCACGACAACAAGAGCGCCUUCCGGCCUCGCGCAAACCAGACAUCAUUCGAGAAGCGCACAGCGGAGAGGAAAGCGCUCGCCGCAGUCAAGGCAAAGGAGAAGGAGCUGAAGGACGAGAAAGCAGCAGCAAAGCAGCAGCAGGUCGACCGAAUCCGUGAGAAGCGCGCAGCGAAGGAGGAGAAGGAACGAUUCCAGAAGAUGGAGGAGAAGAUGCACAAGAAGCGCGUCGAGCGUCUCAAGAGGAGGGAGAAGCGCAAUGCCAUGUUGAAGUCGUAGAGAAGGCACGUGGAACAUGGACGAACGAACGAGCUGUGCGCGCCUUCCUCCUGCGAUCCUGAAUGAAACGUCGAUUCGAAGGAGAACGGCAGCCUCGAUCGCUACGCUUAGCACAGAGAGGUAGCAAGUGAGGAGAUUCAGAUACCAGAGCCAAAGCUCUCGAGAGUGGGCGCAUCAAGCAUGCAUAGUCUACGGCGUUAAAGGAAAUCUCGCGGAAAGAUUCAAUGUUGGCAAAUUCAGGCUGGUUCAUUGUAGGACAGCAUCUCGCAGUACUUAUGGAUACCAAGAAUACGAUAAUCAAGAC